CUCGAGUGCGGAUUCAUCGUGCACCUGGUGGCACAUUUCGCGGCUUUCGCCAUCGGAAAAGGCCGACAUCGGCCGAGGAAACGGUCUUGAGGUGCCACAUCCCAAUCACCUUAUCGCCGAUUUGCACAGAUGGCAAUCAUUGGCCGAUCCCCCAGACUUCCCCGAGCUGGUCAUGGUGCUAUCAUGGCGUGCCCGACGGAAUUGACAGCCACUCCGACUAUCUUUGGGCUAUACUCGGCGGCGUGAUAUCAGGUGUCGUGGACUCGAUCCCCCCGCAACACCCCUUCACGGUCUGCUGCAUUCAAAGCUGCUCCUCCUUCCCGACGAUAAAACCAACUGACCUUGCUCUCUCUUUCCAUCGUCACCACCAGCUCCUCCACUGUUCCGCCAACCUCCGAGUUCGAAAUCGUUCCCUAGCUCAGCCCAAAGUAUCCUGAGAGCUGAAACAUCCGCCACCAUCACCGUCAGAGAGCUUCGCAUCUGGAGCAAGAAGCUCGUGGCUUUCACUGCCCGACUGCCAUUCUUAGAAGCAAUUCUUAGCAAUGGUGGGAUUCAGGUGUAGGAAUGUGUGUGCAUUGGUGGUGAUAGUGUCACUGGGGCUCAUGAUGGGCUCUUUCCUGCCCACGAAUGCAGCUGAUGAGGUCGUUCAUCACCAUCGGACUGAGUUCAGGCAUCCUACUUCCACGGUGAAGCGGUUGGCUAAUGUCGGGGGAUUCAAGCUGGUGGACGAGCCAACUCUGAUUCUGGACUACCAUUUCGGGCCCGUGAUGACAGGCAGGGAGAACAUGAUCAAGCUUUUCGUGAUAUACUACGGAGAUUUCUCGGCGAAGCAAAAGGCCACACUCCACUCAUUCUUCAGAUCGUUCUGGCACCCAAAGACGCAGCCUCCAGCUAGCCAUCCCACCGUGGAGAAGUGGUGGCAGAUCGCUCGUUUGUACGUGGACUUGUACAACACUCCCGUGGGAGCUAACAUUGUUGCCGCAGGAGAGAUCGUCGACAAGUACUCGAUGGGCAAGAACCUGAACCAGACUGACAUUCAGACGCUUGUCGUGGACUCCAUGACGACCUUCGGGGCCGACGCGCAGUCCAUUUACCUAGUCCUCACGGCUGACGAUGUCCUUGUGGAAGGAUUCUGCAUGAAUGUCUGCGGCACGCACUACUACACCUUCCCUUCCGAUGCCACCAACUCGCAGAUGGUCCCCUACGGCUGGAUCGGAAACCCAGGCAAGCAGUGCCCGGAAUUCUGCAGCUGGCCUUAUGCCGCAGGUGGUGGUCUCCAGAAGGGCCUCAUCCCUCCCAAUGGCGACGUCGGCGUCGAUGGAAUGAUCAUCACUGUAGCCAACAUUCUCGCUGGAAUGGCCACCAAUCCUUAUGGCAAUGCCUACUACCAGGGCGACGCAGGGGCUCCCCUGGAGGCUGCGGGCGCCUGCCAAGGCACUUACGGCACUGGUGCUUAUCCCGGCUACCCUGGUGAGCUGCUGGUCGACAACUCCACGGGUGCUAGCUUCAAUGUCUACGGAGCGAAGAAUGCCAAAUUCCUCGUGCCCUGGAUAUGGCACCCAUCCACUCUUCAGUGUGCGGGCCAGGUUUGAGAACCAUACCAAUGUGGAGCACCUCCGAGACAGCGCGGUCUCCACUAUCACCUCAUAUACGAUCAUGUCAGUGGGUCCUUAGGAUCCCGUUCCGAAUUCGUGACCUGCGCAUUUGCAGACGAGUUUUGAUACAUUCUGUCUUAUGAUCACAUCCUCUGGUACCGUGACUGCAUUUCAGGCACUCAAGACCCACGGUAAGGCUAGCACUACUGCCGACAUGAGAACUGCAACUUCGAUCGAGUCGAUUGGUUGCACGUUAACUUUGCGCUCGAUUUCGCUUCAUCACCAUCACUUUAUAUUAUGGUUGUACAUACAUUAUAUGAGAUUAGGUAGAGCUAUAUUUUUGUUGCCGAGAAUUGAUUCUUAUCGAGAAGCCAGAAAUCUGAAGCGUCUCUAGCAGUGACAGCCAAGGCAUUGAUGGGCAAUAUAAAUUGUUUCUUUGAACCAUGCGCUACUUUGGUUCUCAAGAGCAAACAUAGCUCACAGCACAUGUGCUAUAGGUGGUCGUACCCAGCAGCUAUCAAAUGAAAGUGCUGUUGCUCGAAAUUAGUUGAAUACAAUUUUACGAAAUCGUUUCCUCUUCAAUCCUGUACCUCGCCAUCACCGACUACUUUGCUUUUAUCUGGAUAUACAUGUCGAGCCACUGAAAGCUACGAAUGGAUAGUCUUGACGCCCAAGUAGCCUAACCUUGGCAGUACUCCAAUUGUGUAUCAUUCGGACAUUUUCGUUUCCUGUCAAUUCACAGAACGAUAAAGACCAUUGCAAUGUUGCAAAUGUACAGACUGGAUCGUACAUCAUGGAACGAAACUGACAUGUGCACACUCUAUUCUUGCAGUUACCGAGUGCAGAACCUUACAACUUGAUGUCUGCCAUAUUAUCGGUGGAAGUGUAAGGUAACCUAAUAUAACAAUUAUGCGUCAUUAUUGUGUCCUAAACUAAAAUAGUCAACC